GUCACAGAGGAGAGGGCGGGCUUCCGUAGGCGGUUGGAAACCAAGGGAACGCAAUGCUAUGGAGGAAGCGGGAGGAGGUGUAGAGCUGGGAUCCGAUGUGUGCAGAUGGUGACAGAGCCAGCCUUGUAUACUAAGCUUUGUUCUCCACUAAUACGGCACUGAUAGUGUGUCUCCGAAAAGAUGAUCGAUUCAGUUCAGAUACGUCGGCAAGGGGCUAUAGACUUUAAGUCCCAUUAUGAAUAUAUGUGUGUUUUACAAGAUUCUGUCCCCUUACAAGCUGUAAAGGCGAAUAUACGACAAGGUGCCCUUAGCUUCAAUGCAGAUCGGAUCCGAUUAGCUGACUGGCCACCCAUUCUGAAUACAUUGAAAAUUAAUAAAAGCUUGAUGAGCGUAUCUAUAAAAAGCUGCCAUCAACCAGGACUUGGAGAAUCAGAUUCUGAAAAAUAUGGAAUCCACUUUCGAAGACGUAUUCCACCUAUUCGAUCAAAGGACAUGACUUUCCAGCUGUGCCGAGCCCUUGCAGCAUGUUUGAAUGUUUCGAGCACUUUGAAAGAGGUGGAGCUCCAUGGAUUGCCAUUAAGGGAAAGAGACUUGAAAAUGCUAGCUAAGGGUUUGGCUGCCUCAAAAUCUUUGGAGAGCGUGUCAUUGCCAUAUUCAUCAUGUGGAGAUGAAGGACUCGAAAUUAUCUGUCAAAGUGUGAAAAAUUCACCAAAAAUCAAAAUGGUUAAUUUUACUGGAUGCAAUCUCACAUGGCGUGGAGCUGAAUUUAUUGCAAGUAUUAUCAAGCAUCAGGCAACAAGGAGGCACAGUGAGGCCUGGGCAGAGAGCCUGAGAUAUAGAAGACCCGACCUUGACUGUAUGAAUGGAUUGAGGCGAAUCUCUCUCAACUGUAAUACCCUUGUUGGUGAUCAGGGAGCAAAGGCAUUGUCAGAAGUACUUGGAGAGGAACUUUGGUUAAAAGCACUAGAUGUGCGACAAUGUGGAAUAACCAAUGAAGGGGCGAAGGCUUUCCUCCAUGCUUUGCAAACCAAUACUACUCUGAUGAUUUUGGAUGUAAGAAAAAACCCACUUAUUGAUCAUGAACUGCUGAAGACUGUCAUUGAAAGAGUGUUACUGAAUUCACAUGACACAACUUCAGAGUACAAAUGGUUUACUUCUCCAUCUUCAAAAGGAUCAAAAACCAGAAGACCCUCCAGCCUGCGAAAUGGUCUGAAAGGGAAGAAUACAAUACGUAUUGGCUUUUCUACUAAGAAGCCCUUUGUUCCUGGAAGAAAAUAUACACCCAACGAACCAUAUGCUCCAGAACCUAAGCCUGCAGGAGUCCAAGGGUUUCUUCCCUGGAGAACUGCAGAGAGAGCAAAUAGACACAGAGAAUUGUCCAUGGACUGUAUUCCAUAUUCUCCCAUGCAGGCAGGUAGUCCGGUGAAAGUGUCCAUGGAUAGUGAGACCUCCUGUGACAGUGAUGAAUCUGAGGGCCCUGCAGACCUAAUUAUUCACAGACCUGGGGUGCCUGACACUCCACAGAAGACGAAUGCUAGAAACUACAAACGUUUGCAGGUUGCAUUGGAGGAAUGCCAGCUAAGACUAGAAGAAGAAAGAAAAACAAGGUUAAGAGCUGAUGACCGGAUAAUGGAGCUGGAAGUUGAAAAUACUCGAUUAAGGCAAAUCAAUCACAGUCUUUCGGAAACACUUGAAACGCGAACGGUAACAUCUGUGCUUUUGGAGGAUGAAGGAGUUCUUGACAGCAUAGAAAAAUCCUUCAGUAAAUUCCACGCUUUCUUGGAUCUUUUGAAAGAUGCAGGCUUAGGUCAGCUUGCCAGUAUGGCAGGCAUUGAACAUUCCGACUUCGCCCUGCCAGGAGAUCCACAGCUGUCUUCUACAAUUGGAAAAGCCCAACCACCCUCCUCUGAAACCCACAAUGACCUGCAAAAAACCUUCUUAACUGAUCAGAAAAGGGAUGAGGAAGGUGCCCCCCCAAGUCUAUUCGUAGAACCCCGUGUCAUGACUGCAGCAGCCUUCCUUCCUUCUGGUGAAUCUGAUGAAAUUCACGCCAGCAGCUUGAAGAGCAAAGCGUUUGAUCUUCCUACAAAGGAUUUGGAGUCGCAGCAGAACAGCACGAUGGCUUCUGAACAGCAGAAUACAGAUGGUUUAAAAAGAGCCUUCCUGUCGGAAAAGAAAGGAGCUGGUAACGAGUGCUCAGCAUCAGAUUCCAGCAAAAGUAGAAAAAGUAGUGCAAGUAAAAAAUCCAAAGAAUCGUCUAGCGGAAAGGAUAGAAGGCAAUCUUCAAAAAGAAAACCUUCCGUGGGCUCAUACAAGGUUUGUUCUGAGGAAGCUGGGCAUCAAAAUGGUCACAAAAGUUCACCUUUUUCUGAUGCCAGUGUUCUAGAAUCAGAUAUCCCAGAAAACCUUCACUCCACCAGCAACAGCCACAGUGGUUUAGAUUGAGCCACGAACCUUGACUGACCGUAUCAAGUUUAUUUUUUUAUGUUUGCGCUGAACUUGUUUAAAAAUGAAUGAGCCCUGUUGAAAUGCUGAAGUCGUUCCCAGAUUUGCUCCACAGCAGUUAAUAUUCUCUCCAAGAAGAAAAUUACCAUUUUCAACAGCUGAUAUGGUAUAAUUGGCAAAAGAAAUGAAAUUUGAAUGCAGAGUCUAGAUUCAAGUAGCAUUGUCAUAGGGUUAUUAAGAAUACUUGAUGGCAUUUGUUUUUAAAAACGUGACACAAGCCAAAGUGAUUGUUUUCAGCAAACCUUUUAGAUUUUUUUUUCUACUUGCUAUUUUUAUGUUUUUGCAAACAUUUUUAAACUAGUCAUGAUUGGAAAGCAAUUUGUAUUUUUUUAAAUAUUUAUUACAGUGUUUUAUUACAUA